GAGACUUACCGCGCUAGUUUUACUGUACCGUCUUAACCUUUAUAUUUUAUGUAUACAGUGUAAAAAAAAAAAAAAAAAAAAAACAAUGUCUUCUUGUACCGAUCCUUUGCACUUAAACGAAAUUCAAUUAUUCAAAGAACUGAAACGAAAUUUGUCCGGUAGUACCGACGAAACUCGUAAUAUUUUAGAAAUUCGUGAUGAUAUUUUAUACGUGUGGAAUGCCGACAAGUGUUGUCUACAAACAUUAAAUGUCGGUGCUACGCGUGGUAAAUUUGACGAAGAUAUUCCAUAUCAGGAUCCGUUUCAGACCCUUCAACCGACAGAUCCACCAAUCUUCGAGGUUUUGAAUAUAUCCAUCAAUGAAACGGCCACCCAAGUUGCUAUAUGGGGUAAUCUGGGAAUUGCCGUCAUUGAGUUACCAAAACGUUGGGGCAAAGAUGCUGCGUUUCAAGGUGGAAAGGAAAUCAUUUUAUGCGCGAGUCAUUGUUUUGGAGACUUCAGUGCAACUACUGAAAUUCGUAAAGCAAGGUGGCAUCCUGGAUCAACCAAUGAUUCACAUCUUUUGGUUCUUACUUCUGAGAAUAUCUUUCGUUUAUACGAAUGUGAAAUCAAUGGUACACCGAAACUUGUCAAAAGUUGGAAAGUAGGACGUACUCCAAUGACUAGCACGCGAUCUAAAGUACCAAAUUUUGCAUCACUCGGUGAUACGGCUGUAGAUUUUGACUUUGCUACCCCAACUUUAAGAAAACCUGAACUUUUUGCUGGUCAAGAUAUAAAUGAAGCUAAAAAUUCCGUCGAUUGGAAUCAAAUUGAAUGGCCCAUACUUGUGCUUCGUGGAAAUGGAGAAGUUCUUAUCGUACGAGAAAAUGUUCUUUAUGAUAAUUCUGACAAGCCUGUAGUUUAUGGUUCGUUAUCCAUGUAUCCUGAAACUGAUGAUAAUUAUGGAAUAGAUUCGUGUUCCAUAAUGUGCAUACAAACUACUCCACCGAUAGUUGUAAUUGCAAUGUGUAAUGGAAAAAUAUAUCAUGCUAUAUUAUUGAAAGAAACACCGGAUGAAAACGUGGAUGAUAAAAAGACUUGGUCGCAGUACGGUUCUUCAUACAGUUUACAUACACCCGACGAUGCACUUUAUAUCUUUGAAUGCAUCGAAAUGGAACUAGGACUAUUUUUUACUGACGAUGACAAAAAGUACAAUUGUCCAAUAUACGUGCAUAACGAUAAGGGUAACAAAUCCAGAUACUUUUGUUCUCACAAUGCUGGAAUACAUAUGGUUAGUCUACCAAUGGUAUCACAGUUAGAUAAUUAUAUCAAUAAUAUGAAUGAAAAAAUAGAAGAUAGUUUUUUACCUUCAUUAUCAAAUGAAUCGAGUUCGCAUUAUUUAAUUUGUACAAGAACCAAACAUACGGAAAUCGACGAGCCCACACCAAUUUUAGGAUUUGGUUUAAUUCAAGAACCGUGUGUUCUAAUCGCUUUACUUCAUACCGGUGAUGUCGUUGAUCUUUCCGUGAUUGAUCCACAUUACCUUCCACGUGUUGAACUAUCUGAACCUGUUGUAACUUCAGCACAGAAGGUGAACAAAGAAUCGUUUGAUAUGUACAUUAAAAAUUUAUUUAAAAAUGAUACGUCGCAACCAAUUACGAAACUUGGAAAACAAUCGAUGACUUUAAAGGAAUGCGUAGAACUUUUGUUCCACGUUACUCAAAUAUUUCGUCGUCAACAUUUCGUACGACAAGACAAAGCUCGUGAAGAAAUAAAUAAAAAGAUACGAGCAUUGAAAGCAUUGAAAACACAUUUAUUAAAAGAAACCGAUACUUUGAUGGAAACUAAAAAAGAACUUCAACAAACUGCCGAACGUUUGGCUGAACGUUACGAAGAUAUCAAAGACAAACAAGAAGAAUUAGCACGCAGAGCGGAGGAAGUACUAAGAUUGGUAAAUUACAAGGAACCUUCAAUGAGUCCUAGUGAAAGAGCUGAAGCUGAAGAAUUGAAAAGGAUGAAUGAUAAAAUUCAAGAUUUGCGUGUUAGAUUGAAACAAUUAAAAAAGAAAGCAAAUCAACAAUCUGUGUUAAUGGAAAAUACUGAGAUUAUUGAAAAACAAAAGGAAAUAAUAUUUAGUAAAAAUCAAGUUGAAGCUAUUCGAGAAAAUUUAUCUAAAAUGACUAAGGAUAUUAAAAAUAUGGUAGUCCAAGUAAAGAACCUUGAAGAAGAGGUAGGAAUGUAAUAUUAUUAGUAAUGGUUACGGUUAAUAUCAUUUUCAUGAUCAACGUUUAUCUGAUUAAUUCUGUUUUAUUGAAUAAAAUUCACUUUUAAAACAGAAAGAGAGAAAAAAA